AUGUUUUCGCAAUUUUUUAAGAAUCGGGAUUAUAUUUUUUGGGCUUAUUUUGGAUGGAUAUUAGUAAUUAUUUUAUGUUUAGCUGAAUGUUUUUUUGAUACUCUAUCAAAUCAUUUAAACCAAGCAUUUGCAAACUAUAUACAAGGAGCAUUAAAUCCAACAGAUAAUACAUAUAAACCAACCAGACAAGAUUUUAUUAUUUAUCUUUGGGGAUUAUUAUGGGUAGAAUUAAUUGGAGUUGCUUUAACUAAUUCAGGACGUGAAUUUAUUGGACAACAUAUAGCUUUUAAAUGGAGAAUGGCCUUAAAUGAUUGUUAUAUAUCAAAGUGGCCAAUUUUAAAAGAUAUUGAAGGUGUAUCACAAAGGAUACAAGAAGAUUGUAGGGAUUUUGCAUCUAAAGUUGAAUUAUUAGCUGUUGAUUUAAUAUAUAAAAUAGUAAAAGCUUUUACUUUUUAUAGGCUUAUAUUAAUAUAUGGUAAAAUGAUAUCUUAUAUUCCAUUUUUUGGUUCAAAUUCUCAUUCUUUAUUAUUUGCAUCUAUAUUUGCAGAAGGUUUAUGUUAUAUUCCAUUAAUUAUAUCUGGUAGAAAACUUCCAAAAAUUGAAUAUGAUAAUCAAGUUGUAGAAGCAGCAUAUCGUAAAGAGUUAGUACUUAGUGAAGAUGAUCAUUUUACAACAGUUAAUAUGAUAACAAUUUCAACUCUUUUUUCAAAGGUUAGAAGUAAUUCAUUACUUAUGUAUAGACAUUUAAUGUAUGUUGAUGCAGCCUUUAAAUUUACAAAUACAUCUUCUCGAUAUAUUAGUGUAAUUAUUUUAAUACCACCUUUACUUAGAAAAGAAUUAGAUUUUGGUAGUUUUAAAGCUGCAGAUUCUGUAAUUAAUAAUAUGCUUUGGAUAUUAUCAUCUAUUAGAGAGAAAUGGCCAAUAUUAAUUGAACUUGCUUCUAUUCAUAAACGUCUUAAAGGUCUUGAUCAUUAUAUAGAAAUAAAUAAUAAGAAUUCACAUUAUUUAGAUGAAAUUGAUAAUAAUAAUAAUAAAGUUUUAAUAAAUAUAGAAUAUAAGAAUAUGUAA